GCAAAGUCACUAGUAGAUCUCAGUCCAACCAACCCGUCUUCCCCUUCCCUUCCGUCCGCUGCAUCCUGCUCUUCCCUCCUCCUCCUCCUCCGCCUCCUCUCUCCCUCGCGCGCUCCAGACGACGACUGUUGGGCCGCCGCCGCCGCCCUAGGCCAGGUGCUGAGGCUUUCCUUGGUCUCUUCGCCGGCGACGAGCACCCUACCAGGUCUUUUCAGUUCAGCACAGCAUAUCAAGACUGUCUCUGUUAAUUUGUGUGUAUGAGAUCAGUUAACGGAUAAGGACAUGUGAAGCACUAGUGAAGAAGGACUGAUGAUCAGUAAUUUGUAUGCUCCAGAUUAUAGUAUCCUCUGAGAUGGACGGAAGAGAAUCAGGCUUAUGGUAAAUCCUGGUGAAUAUUCAUGGGAGGUCAGCAAGUUCUGGCCUGACUAAGACUAGUAAAAAAAACAGCGUGCUUCAUCUCAGAUCAUCAUGGUGAGAAUGAGGUUCCCGAAACGUUAUCUCAUUGUAUUGCUAACAUUCGUCUGCACAAAUGUUUGCUACAUUGAGCGUGUCGGUUUCUCGAUUGCUUACACAGUUGCAGCUGAUGCCAUCGGUGUGAAUCAAGCCAACAAGGGGAUGAUACUCUCUAUGUUCUAUUAUGGUUAUGUUUUAUCACAGAUUCCUGGUGGAUGGGCCGCACAGAGGAUAGGAGGUAGACGUGUUCUGCUACUGUCAUUUGUAUUGUGGUCUAUGAUAUGUGGUUUAAUUCCACUCGAUCCCAACAGAGUAACCAUUCUGGUCCUGUCUCGCCUAUUUGUUGGUGUAGCACAAGGUUUCAUAUUUCCUGCCAUUCACACUGUUCUGGCCCAGUGGGUGCCACCACAGGAGCGCUCUCGCUCGGUAUCUCUCACUACCUCAGGGAUGUAUCUUGGUGCAGCCUGUGGCAUGCUUUUCUUCCCAAGUCUGGUGAAGCACACGGGACCCCAGUCAGUUUUCUUUGUUGAAGCAGUGUUGGGAGUAGCAUGGUCUGUGAUAUGGUUUAGAUUUUCCAGUGACCCACCUCGUACUGAUCUUCCAAAGGUAUCAAUGCCAAAAGUGGCAUCUCGAGACAUGAUUAAGGCACAGGCAGGAGGGGUUGUCGCACCUCGCACAGUAAAGAUCCCAUGGCGAAGGAUAAUAUUCAGUCUACCUGUUUGGGCGAUCGUUGUAAACAAUUUCACCUUCCACUAUGCCCUGUAUGUUCUUAUGAACUGGCUCCCUACCUAUUUUGAGCUUGGCCUUAAGCUUAGCCUCCAGGAUAUGGGUUCCUCAAAGAUGCUUCCUUAUUUCAAUAUGUUCAUUUUCUCCAAUAUCGGUGGUGUGAUUGCUGAUCACUUGAUUACAAGGAGGAUUUUGUCUGUUACCAAGACAAGGAAGCUUCUGAACACCAUUGGGUUCAUUGUCUCAGCAUUUGCACUCAUGGCCCUUCCUUUAUUUAGCACACCCUCAGGCACUGUAAUGUGUUCAGCGAUAUCCCUUGGUUUCCUGGCUCUAGGAAGAGCAGGGUUUGCUGUAAACCAUAUGGAUGUUGCUCCGAAGUUUGCAGGGAUAGUGAUGGGGGUCUCAAAUACGGCGGGAACACUGGCUGGAAUUGUUGGUGUCGGCCUCACUGGGAAUAUUCUGGAGGCAGCAAAGGCUUCUAACAAGGAUCUAACAGACUCGGAAACCUGGAAAACAGUCUUUUUUGUUCCAGCAUACCUUUGUAUUUUCAGCUCUGUCAUUUUUUUAAUCUUUUCGACUGGCGAAAAGAUCUUCGAAUAAAGGGUGGCUAUUUUUUACUAUUCUUUUCUUCCCAUUUACAGUGAGGCAGGAUAGCAAAACGGGAAUCUCACAUGUAUCUGUAGUAUCUGUUACCAAAUUUCAGAUUUCAGACUGCAUCAUACACAUGAUCUAAAGUUAUGUCAGGAAAACUCACAUUUUCAUUAUGAAGACUCAUUUCCUUGGCA